AUGGGAAACAGCCAAUCAAUACGAGAAACCCAUUUCCAACGAGCGGACACUGCAGAUUUGCCGACGGAGGAAGUCGAGCCCAAUGAGCAGUAUAUCAGUAUCUCGAACAAAAUGGUCGAAAGGCUGGUCGAAGAUGCGACAUUAGCAAGCAAAGCAGCGGCGUCAGAAAGUACUAUUCCUCGUGACGACUACAAAGAGAAGAUCUUCAUGGAAAAGCUAUUGUAUUUGGACGAAAACCACUCUCAGAGAUGCAGGCUAACUGUAGAAGAUUUGAACGAAACGGCAGCUAGAAUAGAACUACGCACAGCAAACAUGGUAGGCGUGGAGCCAGUCUGUGCGGAGUGCAAGCAGAGAGUCAUCGACUGCUACGACAGUGGAUCCCAUACUGAGUCGCUUGUGUGCUGGGACGCUGUUGGUGAGUUCACAAAGUGCGUGCAAACGGCUGCGGCAAAUCGAAUACGCGCACGGACUCAGCGCGACGCACGCGAGCACGCGCGCCGUGAACGUCACGUCGCACACGCUCGCGAACAUGCACUAAAAGAUCUCACACCGCCCCAGGAAACUACUGCCUAA